AUGGGAGCAUGUGAGAAGGAAGGAGACGAUUUUGAAAUAAAACUAGCAGUGAGUAAGGUUGUUAAAGAGAUAAGAAGAGAAAUACAACAAGUUUGCAAUAGCCUGAGGUUAUUUCGGGAACAACAGCUCCCGAACCAUCCUCGAAGCUCUUGUGGUAUCUUCUGUGUCUUCUUCCACAUCCCGAGAUCCUCCUCGAGAUCCUCCUUGAAGACGAUGCCGAACAUCCUGAUCCCCUCAGUGUGAAUCCUACCGGAACUUUCUCUCCAUUUGGUGGAAUGGCAAACAAUUCCAUCCUCAAAACCUUCCAAACACUUACUCUCUUCAUAUAA